CACGGAAGGACAGAGUAGAGCGGUUCGCGUGUGCAUCAGGCUGUUUUUCCCCGGGUCCUUCCUCAUAACCACUUGGUUUUCGCAGUUUUGUGCAGGGCGCGGUACAGUUAGUUGCCUUCCCGGCCGCUGCCAGGGAGCCGGAAGGACUUCCUGCGUCCCCGAACCUUCAGCGGAAGUGCAAGCUCAGCGUCUUGAGUCAGAGCGCUACCUUAUGUAACUGGUCUCGUAAUGUCACGCGUGGGCUCUUCCCCAAGUAUUGGAAGCUGAACUGUGACUCUCGGAAGGGAACUGUGGCUAGCUAAGGAGGCCACGCUUGGUGUUAACUUCCAGAUCUCAUGUCAACACCAAGCCCUCAGCUGCUGAUGGCAGCUGCUCGGCAGACCCUAGGCAUGGGAAAGAGAAAGGGUCCACCUCGAGCUGUCUGUCUUCACCUAGCAGGAGAGGUGCUGGCCGUGGCCCGCGGGCUAAAGCCAGCCCUUCUCUGUGACCACACCUCUGCUGGAGCGGUGGCGCUCCAGAGCUAUCUGGAGGAGCUGCAGGGGCUGGGCUUUCUGACAGUGCGACUUCACAUUCUUGAGAUUGGGGAGAAUAACCUCAUUGUCAGUCCAGAGCAUGCCUCUCAGCAUUUGGAGCAGGUACUGCUUGGAACCACAGCGUUAGUGGAUGUCUCCUGCUCCCAGUCUCAUCCAUCUGUCUGCUCACUGGACCAGCUCCAGGACUUGCAAUCUGUCGUAACUGAGAUCAUCACACAUUUUCAAGAACUGCGGAAGGAUGUGUCUCUGGGAGUCUCCUACAGCAAGCUGCAUCCUUCAAACUGGAACCUCUGCACUGUAUUUGGGAUACUCCUGGGCUAUCCUGUCUCUUACACUUUUCACCUGAACCAUAGAGAUGGCAACUGCUUAGCCAUGACCCCCUUGCGGGUGUUCACUGUCCAGAUUUCAUGGCUGUCUGGUCAACAUCCAAUUCUUCUCUAUUCCUUUAGUGUUCCAGAGAGUUUGUUCCCAGCCCUGAGGAACUUCCUUAGCACCUGGGAGAAGGAGCUCAGAACCCGAUUUAGGGCUCAGAAUGACUUUGGUGACCUCAGCAUCUCCUCUGAGUUAGUCACACUGCCUGCUGUAGCCCUCUGACUUAGCUCUGCCUGUUGAGAAGGUAUUAGUGAAUGCUUUUCUCUGGGUGGAAGAUGUCAAUCUAUCAAUUACAAAAAUUUUAAAUUAUAUCUUUAUUUCAAUAUUUUAAGUUUUA